AUGCGGGUCUUCUGCGCGCUGCUGCUGCUCGCGCUGCUGCUGCUGCAGCAGCAAGCUGCUGCUGCAGCAGAACUCUACCAGCAGGCCCCCCCCCAGCUAGACACGGCCACGGGCGCGGAGGGGCUGCCGCCCGCUGCAGAGGCGCGGCUGCCGCGCCCCGAGGAGCUGCCCCCAGCGCAUGCAGCGCAUGCAGAGCUGCAUGCAGAGCUGCAUGCAGCGCAUGCAGCGCAUGCAGCGCAUGCAGCGGGACUUCCCAGCAACGAAGACCCGCCGCUGCCCCCCGAACUCCUCGAGCCUGCACUCAUUCAAGACAGCACUCUCGAGGCCUCUUCGGAGCUUUGGGACUCUUCUCGCGAGGGCCGCCCCGAGAGCCACGCGCUGCCGCUGCUGCUGGUCCUCGGAGUGGCUUUGCUCUGCUGGCGCUUCCUGCUGGGCCGGCGGAAGAAAGAUGCUGCUGCUGCCCUGGAGGAGCAGGAGCUGCUGACGCCUUUCGGGGAAGCCCCUGUGCCCCCCGAGUUGACUGAAGACGAAACCCUGGAGGGAAAUAUGCUGCAGCCGAAGUUGGUAUUGACGGCUUUUGAAGAAGACGCGGAGGCCGGCAAAGAUUUUGCUGCUCCAGACGUGCAGCAACCCGCAGCAGCAGCAGCAGCAGCUGCUGCUGCUGCUGCUGCGCCGGAACAGCCCGCGCAGGAGCAGCAACGGGAGUCAACAGGACAACAGGAAGUGCCCCCGAUGCAGCAGCCACACCAAGAAGUCCCGCUGGCCUUCUACGAGCAAAGUGGGGAUGAUGAGUGGGAAAUAUUGGACUCCGAGGAUGUGGAAUUGGAAGAAGAGCAGCAGCAGCAGGCCGCGCCUGCAGAGGAAGUGCAGCAGCCAGCAGGGGUUCCCGCGGGUCCUCAAGAGGAACCUCGAGAACUUGGACAGCCUCAGGAGAAACCAGAAAAAACAGAAGUGCCGAAAGAGGAAAUAAAAGAACAAAAAGGGGGUUUUAGGGCUCCAGAAGAAGCCAAAGAGUCUGCAGAUAAACAGAAAGUGGAAGAGGCGCCCGCCGAAGAAAAGGAGCCGAAAGAGAAAACUCCUGUCCAGGGACCUUCGCAGGAGACGAAGCCCAAAGAAGAACCAAAAGAACAAACGAAGACUGAAGAAAGAGAGAAAGAAGAAACUGUGCAGAGUCCCAAAAAGGAAGACAAAACGAAGCCUUCCCAGGAGGGAUUCUUCUCUUCAGGAGUUCGCGCUCUGUAUAGGAGGUAUAUGUGGGAAGCGACGGUGACCGCGUGGAGAUUGUGGGGACUGUUAGAUUUCCGAAUCGGUGCGGAAAUUGAGGACGGCAACGGGGGCAGAUCUGGCUUGCAUUAUUUUGACUAG